UUCCCGACCCUUUCCGCGGCCGCAGCGGGACACUGAGUGCGAGGGGAAUGACGAGAGCCAGCCUCGGGAUGGAGGAGUUUGUGUGUUUCUCUGUGUGUGUGUCCCGGCCUGCGAGGAGGGCUCUGCCCCGGGGCGAACGCCCUCAGCCCGAACCUGUCGGUGUGAGGAGUGGAAGCGGCAGCUCCGCCGCCCCGCGCCCCAGCAGGUUGGGAUGUCGGUCUCUAUCCUUUCCUGUCACAUGGCUGGUAAUAGGAUCCCUCAUCUGCCACUCGGCACCUCGCCGGGGCGCACUUUACAGGACACAUGCUGUAGGGCCUCCGCUUCCCGCACUUUGCGCUCUUCCCGGCCGCCUGCCACCCCCGGAGAGCUGGGGCUGCCGCCUGCGAGCGCCGUGCGGCCCGGCGGCCGCCGCCUAUGGAGCCCCCCGCCCUCGCCGCCGUCCUGGCCUUCUCCGGGCUGGCGCUGAGCUGCUGCCGUGAGCCCGAGCUGUCCGAAUGUUACACRGCAAAUGGGGCUGACUACCGUGGCACUCAGAACCAGACCUCCCAAAAUGCAGGGAAACCUUGUCUUUUUUGGAAUGAGACGUUUGAGCAUCCUUAUAAUACUGUGAAAUAUCCCAAUGGRGAGGGAGGGCUUGGAGAGCACAACUACUGCAGAAACCCUGAUGGGGAUGUCAGCCCAUGGUGUUAUAUUGCAGAACACGAAGAUGGAAUAUAYUGGAAAUACUGCGAGAUUCCAUCCUGCCGAAUGCCAGGAAAUCUGGGGUGUUACAAGGACCAUGGAGAGCCCCCACCUUUGACUGGCACCAGUGAGACCUCCAAUAAACUGACAAUCCAAACGUGCAUCAGUUCUUGCCGGAGUCAACAAUUUAAGUUUGCAGGCAUGGAAUCAGGUUAUGCUUGUUUCUGUGGAAAUAAUCCUGACUACUGGAGAUACGGGGAGGCAGCCAGUACGGAAUGCAACAGUGUUUGCUUUGGAGACCAUACUCAGCCCUGCGGUGGGGACGGCAGAGUCAUCCUUUUUGACACCCUUAUUGGAGCCUGUGGAGGGAAUUACACUUCUGCUACAGCUGUYAUCUAUUCCCCAGAUUUUCCUGACACAUACGGCACAGGCAAAGUCUGUUAUUGGACCAUACAAGUUCCAGGAGCAUCUCAAAUCCACUUCAGCUUUGCUCUUUUUGAAAUCAAGGAUGCCACAGAUAUGGUGGAAUUGCUGGAUGGCUACACCUAUCAUGUUCUAGCUCGUUUUAAUGGCAAGAACCGGCCUCCCCACUCCUUUAACAUCUCUUUGGAUUUUGUCAUUUUGUACUUUUUCUCAGAUGACAUCAAUCAAGCCCAGGGAUUUGCUAUCAGGUAUAGAGCUGUGAAGGACAAUGUGCAUCAAAACAAGAUUCCAGCAAAUCACACCCUUCCAGAGAGGAUAAAUGAACARGCAAAUCUCAGCAUGAAUGCAGCCCGGUCAUCGAAGAUACUCUAUGUCAUCACAACCAGCCCAAGCCAUCCCACUAGCUCCAUGCCUGAGUGGACAAUAUAUAGCCUGACAGCACUGCUCAUCCUAAGUGUUACAGCCAUAAUAGCAAAGAUACUUCUCCACAUUACCAUGAGGUCACAUCAGAUUCCAGCUGCAACUGAAACAGAAGAUUGCAGUGAUGUUACUACUGCUGGUGAGAUCUGGAGUAUAUUUUACCAACCAUCCACAUCAAUAUCCAUCUUCAAGAAAAAGCUGCGAAAUCAGCAAGAUGAUUGCAACCCACUAGUGGGAAACUGAAGAGUCUUUUAUUUUGCAAGAAUUCAUCUUUUUAAAAUCCAGGUGACUUGAGAUUAAUCUUCCUUUUUUUUUCUCUCCCAAUUUCAUACCUUUUUUCCAAAAAGUCCAUUUCCAAAGGCCUUUGAGUGACUUUGCCUAUCUGCUGUUCUCUUGGGCAUACUAGUGACAACGGAUUUAAUUCUGAAAUAUCUGGUGCUGUUAAUUACUGCCUUUAAACUAUUGCACUUAAAAUAGAUGUAAAACCUUGUAGAAUUCAAAAUGUCCUGUUCCCCUGCCAAAGCUAACUGAAGGGGUAUCUACAGCUUUAGGACUUUUGUGUCCCACUUGGCUGUACCCUGUAUUGUGUCAGGCAGCUUUAGUCCUUUUAUUCUCAAGGCUGGAGGCAGAGGUGGGUAUUGAUAACCACCACAGCAAACAGAGCUUAUCUGCCAUCUGAAUGGAACUGUACAGCAAAAUGGGAAUCAAAGACUUGGAAAAAYGAUCAGCCUGGUUGCUCAGCUCUUCCUGCAUUUUCUGUUUCUGUGUCUGCAAGCAGAGAUGCACAAAUCAAAGUCAAAUCAAAUUCAGGAGGCACUUCUGAACAAGUUUCAGCAGCAAAUAUGCAUUUUGAUUGACUAAUGCUCAGCAGGUCAGGGCCUGCAUGAACAUUGAAGCUUUUUAAAUGACUGUGUCUGACCCAUYGCUCACUGAUGUUUAUGAUAAUUCUGUUCAUCCUCACAGUGAUCCUUUAAAAAACUCGUACUCCAGCCUGACAUCCAGCAUUCAUUCUGGGUGUAAGCUGAGGGCUUCUUAAAGCAUUGUCCAAAGAUACUGUAAUCCACUGAAUUUUUAAAAAGCGAGGCUGACUAAUGAAUUUUUACUCUGAAGUCACAUGCAUUAAUCUCAGCAGCCUAAACUGUUUACAGAGUUGCAGGCUGCCAUCACCAACUCCCCUGUGCCAGGCUGGGCAGCUGAACAGGGAAYAGCUGCCUUGAUACUCACCUGGGAGAAGUGGCUCCUUGCCUGCAACAUUAAAACUGAACUGAAUUUUUAAGAUAAUUGCCUUAAUUGCCAAAGAACUAAAACAUCAGUGGGGUUCGAUCUGUGACCUAUUUUCUCUUUGAUUGCAACAGAGAGCUUUAAUUAUUUCUUCUCUUUGGUAGACUAAGUGUCCAUCCACAAUACUCAGAUUUCUUACCCCACAACAAGUGGGAAACAAGUGAUUCCAAGGGAUCAACAGUGAACCUUUCAGCCUCAGCAAGUUCAGACCAGCAAAACAUUUAGGAAAAACUGUCAAUGCAGAAGUCAGAUGAAUUGACUGGUGAAGUUUACAGCGGGCAGCUCCUCAAACUCAGUUAGAGGAAAUUCAGAGAACCAUUAAACGACAAUAAUUCUGGUUAAGUUUAAACAUAUUUCAAUGGUCUGCAUAUACCAGAUGUGCAGYUGGAGAAUCUAUUAAGUGCAUCUGCAGAAGGUAACUAAGAAAGAAAAUUGUCACUGAGUUUAAAUUCAUUCUAGUAUCUGCCUUUAUGUUUUCUAACAUAAAACUCCCUACCCUACAUGAGGACUACAGAUUUCCUUGAAAAAACAGGGCAUGGAAGAAUUUGGCAGUGAUAUAUUGUGCCUAACUUCCCAUUGUGGAUCUAGUGUUUUACCUGAGGUGAAUUCAGUCCAGCUCCAUUUAUAUACCACAGAUGCGUGCUAGAGACAGCUGAACAAUAUUACCAUCAUGCUUACAAGAAACUAGACUUUACUAAGCCAGCAAUUAUGGAAUUGUUUAUAUGAAACAUGGAAUAGCAUGGGAACAUCUUGUACUUUCUUGCAUGAACUGCUGGAAAGAAUACAGGAAAAUAUAAUUACAGUAUUAGCUAAAACGAAGACAGGACAAGCUGUAAAAAAUACGCUGGUUCUCUCUUACGUGUCACCAUGUUAGACCAAAACCCAUUGUCUACUUCAGACCCAACAAAAGUUCUUAAACUGCCUUUUUUUUAAAGUGAGGUUUUGCAUCAUGCUGUGUGGAGAAAGAGUUCACCUCACAGAUUCAUAGCAAAACAAAAUAGGUUGGUUCCUAAGCAUCCUUAAUAUGGUGCACUAAUAGGAAACAAGGCAGAGAGAAUCACAGUGUGGCCCCAGAUCUUUAAGAGUUGUUAUGAGCACAUUGUGAUUAGCACUAAGUGUUUCUUGCCUUAUCAAAAGCAAGUUGAAUAUACUGUCAGAGAGACUCAUAAAGCAGUUAGCUAAAGGUGAUAAACUGAAAAAAUAUCAGGGACACCCUGUGACUGAUUUACACCUACUGCAGAGGGAAAAACUACAGAACUGUUAAGSUUCUCUUCCUUAGUAAAGAAUCUAAUUUCACUAUGAGAAAAAAUCUCAUUACGAACAACAACAAAGACUGACACCACUAAUGCAAAAUUUGGAGAAUUUAUUCAGAACUGAGAUUUUUGCAUCAGUCCCUUAGGACCUCAACUAUUGUUCAAGUAAAAUUGUAUUUCAUGGGACUUUCAUAGGGAAUGUUUAUAAAAUUCCUGUACAAAAGACCCAUAAAACCAGUACUUACAGCAGAUUAACUGAUCAUGGCAACAGUAAA